CCUGCUCCUUGGGGAGCGGCACGGGGCGGGUUCCCUCUGCUGUCAUGUGCAGUGCUGCAGGCAGAGAGGAAAGGAAAGCCGAGUCCUGGUCAUGCGGCAUUUCAUCGAGAUAAAUGCAUUUUAGCUGUUACAGUUUUCCAUCCUCUAUUGAAUUUACUAGUGAAACUUUUUUAUUUAAUGUGUUUCUGUGACUAGCAUAACUUUUAGGGGAGAUGAAACUUCCUGUUAUAUUCUGCAGUUUCCCAUCAAAAUGGGGAAGCUGUAGAGUUCUUGGAAGCUGCUACGGAAAAUGAUUAAAGAUUUGUGUCUCCGCAACAUGAAUUUUCCGUCAGUACAUUCUAUAAAGUGCUGAGCAUUUGUCUUGUAUCACCCUGCAUGUCACCAUGAUGUAAAAGAUAUAUUUAUUCUAUGUCAGUUUUCUUGCACAAGUUGAAUGCUGUGCAGGCUCAUCAUACUUCUGUUAUGAGUAAAGGGUAUUUGAGGUCCGACUGACUAACUUUUGUAAAGCAUGUCACUUCAUUGUGUGGAAGGUAUGCAUAUACACUUCCUUCUUGAAUGAAGUCUACAAUGAUGUAGAAGUCAGGUUGUCUCUCGAAGUCUUGUUUGGAAACAAAAGAAAAUGAGAAAAUAAUGAGUGCAUCUCUAAUUUAUUUUUUUUUUCUAUGAAAACUUUUUUUUAGGUAAUGUAAGCAUUUCAGUUUUAAAAGAGAGAGGAAGCAGGCAUGUCAGCUCUUUGUCCACCACCAUCUCCUGCAGUGGCUAAAACAGAGAUAUCUUUGAAUGGCGAGUCACCUUUAUUAGCUGCCACUUUUGCUUACUGGGACAAUAUUCUUGGCCCCCGAGUGCGGCACAUCUGGGCCCCAAAGACAGAACAGGUACUUCUUAGUGAUGGUGAAAUAACUUUUCUUGCUAACCACACCCUGAAUGGAGAAAUACUUCGCAAUGCAGAAAGCGGUGCAAUAGAUGUGAAGUUCUUUGUCUUGGCAGAAAAAAGGGUAAUCAUUGUGUCAUUAAUCUUUGAUGGAAAUUGGAAUGGAGACAGAAGCACAUAUGGACUAUCAAUUAUACUUCCACAAAGUGAACUUGGCUUCUACCUGCCGCUUCACAGAGUGUGCGUGGAUAGGUUAACACAUAUUAUAAGGAAAGGAAGAAUAUGGAUGCAUAAGGAGAGGCAAGAACAUUUCCAGAAGAUUGUCUUGGAAGGCACGGAGAGAAUGGAGGAUCAGGGUCAGAGCAUCAUUCCAAUGCUUACAGGAGAAGUCAUUCCUGUAAUGGAACUCCUUUCAUCUAUGAAAUCACAUAGUGUUCCAGAAGAAAUAGAUAUAAGUGACACAGUGCUAAAUGAUGAUGACAUUGGGGAUAGUUGCCAUGAAGGCUUUCUUCUCAAUGCAAUUAGUUCACACCUGCAGACCUGUGGAUGCUCUGUAGUUGUAGGAAGCAGUGCAGAAAAAGUUAAUAAGAUUGUGAGAACAUUGUGUCUGUUUCUUACACCAUCAGAGCGGAAGUGUUCCAGACUAUGUAGAAAUGAGUCUUCUUUCAAAUACGAGUCAGGACUGUUUGUUCAAGGCUUACUCAAAGAUGCAACAGGAAGCUUUGUGUUGCCCUUCCGUCAAGUAAUGUAUGCUCCAUAUCCUACUACACAUAUAGAUGUAGAUGUCAAUACAGUGAAGCAGAUGCCCCCUUGUCAUGAACACAUCUAUAACCAACGACGAUAUAUGAGAUCUGAGCUUACAGCAUUUUGGAGAGCUAAUUCAGAUGAAGAAAUGUCUCAAGAUCGUAUUAUCCACACAGAUGAGAGUUUCACACCUGAUUUAAAUGUCUUUCAAGAUAUCCUGCAUCGAGAUACAUUAGUAAAAGCCUUCCUGGAUCAGAUCUUUCAUCUGAAGCCUGGCUUAUCUCUAAGGAGUACCUUCCUUGCACAAUUCCUGCUAGUCCUUCACAGAAAAGCCUUAACUUUAAUAAAAUACAUAGAGGAUGACACGCAAAAAGGAAAAAAGCCUUUUAAGUCUCUUCGUAGCUUAAAAAUAGAUCUUGACUUAACAGCAGAGGGCGAUCUUAACAUAAUAAUGGCCUUGGCUGAGAAGAUUAAACCAGGCCUACAUUCCUUUAUCUUUGGGAGGCCUUUCUACACUAGUGUACAAGAACGUGACAUGCUCAUGACGUUUUAAAGUUCUCCACUGUUAAUGUGUAAUAUUGCAAUCUUGCAUGGCAGGAACAGAAAUUUUCAGUAUGACCACCACACUUGUGACACUGAUUGACUUGUCUGAGGAUGAAGCAUUAAGAGCACAGUAACACUACAGUCUGUUCAAAGCAGGAGGGAGUCUUGUUAGCGGGGAAUAUCAACUUAGCUAGACAAGCAUGACUAAUGAAUCUAUCUCUUCUGUGUGCUUUUCUAAACAAGAAAUGUUACCAGAAUUUCCUUUGCCAUAUGGGCUUAUGAGAUAAAUUUGUACAUGUUUUUAGUGUACGAUGAAGGGAAGUAUUUUAUUUCCACAGAGAUUUUCUUCAGGUCUGUGUCAGUUUUUCCCUGAUAUGCUGCAUCAUUAUUUUUUAGUGUUUCCACAGAAAACAAUACAUCACAGAAUCAUAGAGUGGUUUGGGUUGGAAGGGACAUUAAAGCUCAUCUAGU